AAAGGAUAUUUUCUGGUGUCGGAUGCUGCCAGCCUUAUAUACCAGAUCUAAGGAUUGCAUCGAUGCUAGUGGUUGCCCGCCUCUACCCUUGAACUCUCACACCACCCAGUGCUUCUUGUCCAAGUUUCUCGUCAGGUAAAGAGAAAAACAUCAACAGCCAAGAUGUCUGAGAAAAAGAUGACAUCGAGUCGCAAGCAUCAUCUGAAGAGCUUGAUGCUUUCAAUUGCUGCAACGCGGCUGGAACAAGAGGAAGCUGAUGCCGUAGCAGCGAAGGAGACCUACCUGAAUGAUAAUUGCCCUGCCCUGGACAUGCCAAGCAGUAUGGAGGACCUUCAGAAACUGUGCAAAGAACUCCAUCAGAAGAUUGACAAAGUGGAUGACGAGAGAUAUGAUGCAGAUGCUAAAGUCACAAAGGGGGCAAAGGAGGUUACAGAUCUCAAGUUCAAGAUAACAGAGAUGAAGGGUAUGAAGAAACCAGCUCUGAAGAAAGUACGUAUGUCUGCCGAUCAGAUGCUUCAGGCUCUGCUGGGCUCCAAGCACAAGGUCACCAUGGACUUGAGAUCCAACCUGAAGCAGGUGAAGAAGGAGGUCAAGCAGGAGGUGACUGGAGACUGGCGCCAGAACGUUGAGGAGAAGAAGGACAAGAAGAAGAUGUUUGAGGGUGCUGAGGCGUAAAUUUGCCUCAAGAAGUUGGUGAACGUUUGGACGGAAUGGACGGCAAAAGGAAGAUGUGUUAGGACGUUGAGGCUUUUUUUUUUUCCCAAUUUUUUUUCCACCAUUUUUUUUUGUUUUGAGUUGAAACAUGCAUUUUGUUGUACAAAUGUACAUAGCAGAUGUACCUCAGUUACAGCCAAGUCAUUAAAAGAUCACUUUUAAGAUCA